GUCAAUAAACGUCAAUCGUCGAGGAUUUGGAUUGGAAAAAAAUAGCUUUAAAUCAUAAAAUCAAUUAUCAAUGUUCUAUAUUAUGUAGUCAUAAAUAUAUAAAAAUCUUUUGCAUUUAGUAUUAUUGAUAUGUUGUGUACUUAAACACCAUUUUGCUCAAGUGAAUUGACUAUUUAACUGAUAUUCCGAUCCAAGAUAUGUAUUCUACAAUGGCUAACCCAGCUAAUUCAAGUUAUAUGUCGAGAUACUCAGCUUUUAGUCCGUACUGGUUGAGAGAUAGGGAGAUGGGGUACGGGGUCCCCAUAGGGGCUGGAGAUGCUAUGGCCAGGAGUUUGUAUUGUGGUAUGAAGCCCAUGGCAUCUUGGGACUGUGACCAGGCCAAUGUGCUGCCAACUGGUGGAGUCUUUAAUCUUGAAUUCUCCCCUGAAGGGACUCUCUUAGUAGCUGCCUGUGAAAAGAAAUCAAUACAAAUAUUUGACCCACUCACACACAAACGGAUCCACACAGUGACUGGAGCUCACACAGAUUGUGUCAAUUGUGUGAAAUUUUUAGAUGGACGAAUGUUCGCAACAUGCUCAGACGACACGACAAUAGCUCUGUGGGAUGUCAGAAACAUGAAUAAGAAGAUAAGAUCUCUCCUUGGCCAUUCUUCAUGGGUCAAAAACAUAGAGUUCUCUUUCAAAGACAAACUCCUUGUUACUUCUGAAUUAAACGGGAGUAUUUACACAUGGGAUAUAAAUUCUUAUACUGAAUGCAAUUUGGUAUACCAAAGAGUUUUUCAUGCACCUGGUUUGAUGAGAUGCCGAUUGUCACCGGAUGCGAGGCAGAUGGUCAUGUGCACAACAGGAGGGCUCUUGGUCAUAGUGCACAAUCUGAACUUGUCAACAUUGGCGAAGGACUUACAUGGAUUUAAGCCCAACCUAUACCGGCUGAUGCAGUCGAGCCAUCAGUUGAUCCCCAUCGCGGCGGCGUACGACCGGCUUUUCGAGGAGACGCGGGAAGAGAACCGGGUGGAGUUUGUCUCCGACUUCCCCAAUGACGCGAAGGUCGUCAGUUCACUACAGAUACAUCCUUUGGGUUGGAGUGCUUUAAGUAGAAAUAUUAGUCACGAUGAUAGGUCUGAGUGGUCGUGCAUCCACGACAUCCAGCCCAUGGAGGCCAGCAGCAAGUCUGUGCGGGACUGCGGCCCGAGCGCGCGGCCCGCCUGGAGCGCGCGCCGCCCGCCGCGCCGCCUGCGCCCGCGCAUGCGCAGGCCGCACGCCGCGCCAUCAACAGAUGUGCCCCCAGCGGAGAGGGAAAGAGAGAGGAAUAGAGAAGAAGAACGGCCUUCUAAUCCUCCACCUCUUUCCAUCGAGGAUCCCGAGGCCGGACCGAGUUUAGCGCCCGCCGAAGUUGAAAUGCCUGCGAAUCCGCGGCUCCAAGGAUUAUCGAGUAUACAAAACGACGUUUGGGAGGCGUCUAUAACGAUCAAACAGCACAGAGUUCUCCAGGAGUUAUAUAGCAGAGGCGUAGGCCGCAACUUCAACAUGCAGCGUAUAAUGGGCAUCAACACGGGCAUAGCGCCGCCCGCCGCCGCCGCGGCCGCGCUCAGGCCGCGCGCGCUCCGCUCGGCCGCCGUCAGGCUGCUGCCGCGGGCCGCCAGGGGCGCCGCCAGCGCUUCUGAUGACAGCCCCUCACCAUCAACUUCGAGCCAGUCCCGGGACAGGUCGAGUCCUAGCGAAGACGACAUCGACCCCAAAUACUCCAUCAGGCAGAACAGGGAACGUCUGCUAUACUUUAUUGAAGAAACUAACGAGGGGAAAGGGUUUAUCAAGGAACUGUGCUACUCGGCGGACGGCCGGUUGGUGUGUUCGCCGUUCGGGCGCGGCAUGAGACUGUUAGCGCUCAAUGAAGACUGCAGCGAACUGUCACACUGCGUGCAGGCGUUCAAGGGGCCUGUGCCCAUGGUAGACGUGGGGCAGAGCCUAGGUAUCCAUCAAGACCUGGUGGUGAGCUCCAAGUUCAACCCGCGGUAUCACAUGUUAGUGACUGGAUGCCUCGAGGGGAAGAUUGUCUGGUAUGAGCCUUACAGCGGGGAAUCUAUGUACUAGUUACUUAAAUAUAUAUAUAUAUUGGUCAUGUAAAUAAC